AUGACAAGAAAGUACCUUAUACUUUUUGAAGAAAUUAUAAUUUUGUUAUUUCUUCUAAUAUUCCAAUUAAUAAUAUCUGACACAAUUAAUAAAAGUACAUUUAAUUCUACCACAAAAAGCCACUUCUUUCGUAUUCCUCCUCCAAAAGAAAAUAUUACAUUUUGUUCAAGAGUAAUAAAUUGUCAUAAUUAUGCUAGUUGUCUUACAUGUCCUUUUCUUAAUAAUUGUACAUAUGGUGAAAAAUAUUCUGUUAUUUGUUUGCCAUUAAGAAAUUGUAAAAUAAGAACCCCUGUUCGAAAGAUAAUGAAUUGUAAAUAUUGUUAUCAAACAAAAUUAAAACUAGAACAUGAUUGUGCUGAAGUUAGAAAUUGUACAAGUACUUCUGUAAGACUUGUAAGAUCUAUAUGUAGAGCUAAACAAACUACAUUUUGUCUUGGUAGAAGAGUUUUUUAUCAAAAUAUUCGUUGUCAUUGGACAAAUGGAUAUAGUUGGAAAAAAACAUUUUUUAUUUCAAUUAUUGGUGGUGGUUUUGGAGCUGAACGUUUUUAUCUUGGUUAUUGGAAAAGUGGACUAGCUAAACUUGUUACAUUUGGUGGACUUGGUAUAUGGACAACUAUAGAUUUAAUAUUAGUUGCAUUAGGUUAUUUAGGACCAGCAGAUGGAUCUCUAUAUAUAUAA